UAAAAUCACAAGACUCACGACUGUGCAAAACAUCUAAACAUACAUACCUAGAUACCUGUUUAGUAGUACUCUUGUUGUUAAAAUAUAAAAGUUAUUUUCAGAACGAACGCGCGACCAACCGAACCUGGUCGCAUCUGCAAAACUUUUUAGUAACGUAUUCUAGUCGAAAUGCGACUGCAGUGGGUACUUUUGACAUGCCUGCUGAUAUCGGUGCCGUUUUUGGCCGCCGAAAAAGACGAGUUUGCCGAAUUCGAAGACUUCGAAGAGGAGUUUGAGACAGGGGCUGCCGCAGCUGCUUCAGAGGAAGACGACGGCGAUUCGAUCGAGGAUGUCGAGGUUGAGGUUGAAGACGAAGAAGAAGAAGAGCCUGCCUUAGAGGACAUCGAACUCGCGCACGACGAAGAGGAAUUUGAAGGAUGGGAUGCCAAGGAACCUGUGGUGGGCAACAACAAAGAGGUUCCUCGCCUUACCAUUACCAAAGUGCCAAUGCACCUUCGCACCAAUUGGGAUUCGUAUUUCCUGGAGAUGCUUAUGCUUGCUGGGUUGGCCGUCUAUUUCCUUAACUUUGUGGUCGGAAGGUCGAAAAACCAGAGACUGGCCAACGCCUGGUUUUCGGCUCACAAAACUCUUUUGGAAGAAAACUUUAGUCUUGUGGGUGAUGAUGGCAGCAAAGAUGUUGAUCCAAACGCUGGCUUGAUUAAAGAGUCUGAAAACGUUUUCACUUUGUGGUGCAGUGGCCGUUCCUGCUGCGAAGGUAUGCUGGUCGAACUCAAACUGCUCAAGAGGCAAGACCUGGUGGCAGUGAUCAGCCAAAUCGUUCGGCCCAUCACCGACCAGAUUCAAAUUCGCGUAAACUUGACUGAAAUGGACAGUUUUGUCUUUUGCGUCGCUGCAAAGAAGACUGCCCAGCGCCUCGUUAAAGACAUGGCCGAUAUCAGCGUUUUCUGUCCUGAGAGGAGGGCACUGGAAAAAAUGGGAGUGUCUCAGGUCUUCAGCUUGAUGAACGAAAUCGGCGAGGUGUCUGCUGCGCUCAUCGACAGGCGGAUGAUUGAUGCUCUCAAUAAGUACAGUGAUUUGAUCGACUGCAUUCAUGUAUCUGACCAGUUCACUGGACAAAAACAACCUCAGGAAGAAACUGGAACUGCUACAAAACUACCCGAACCUGCCAAGGUGUUGAUCUGUACCUUCAACCUGCCAACAAAGCAGAGGACUCCUCAAGAAGCUGCCGAUACUGCGCGCCCUCUGAUGCAACUAGUGUUCUACCUGCUGGAACGCGUGAGGCGCUUUAGGCUGGGCAAGGAAGCCAAGGCCAAAGCCAUCAACAACAGGCAGAAGGCUCAAGAAGCUUUCUUGAAAUCUACCCAUGCUGCAAGGGCUGAAGCUGCUGCUGCCCGCAGAGAGGAAAAGAGACGCCAGGAGAAAGAGCGUAUCAUGGCUGAGGAUGACCCUGAGAAGCAGCGCCGCUGGGAAGAGAAGGAGAACAAGCGACAGAUGAAGAAAAAGGGUCCCAGGAUGAAGCAGUUGAAAGUGAAGGCCAUCUGAGUCAGUAUAUCGACUUUCUCUUGUUUUUCUUUACUCAGUACAGCCAUGUAAGUGAGGGAAUUUUUGAAUCAAUCCAGAAAUUGCGUGAGGGAGAUCUGAACCUCCAGUAUUAAAAGAAUAAAUAAUCCAAUUUGGCUUUCAUUGUGUAACCAACCUAUAAAUUGCGUCAUCAAUUUGUUUAGCUAAUAUUUAUCAAAUACAUAUUGGGUAGCAAAUUUGAUUUUUUAUAAUUCUUUCACUGUGCCAAAAGCAUUAAGGUAGUAAUGAUCUUAACUCUGUGUUAUUUGGGCAGUUUUUUUAGUUCUUUUAAUACAUAAUUUUCAAUUUCAUACUCGGCCCUUGCGCUAUGUAAACAGAUAUAAAAAUAUAAUUGAUUCAACACAACCAAACAAAAUAAUAUAGACAAUUUAUGGCAGUAACUAUUAAUACACCAAUCAUAUAUAAAAUAUCCUUUUGUAUAUAAAAGUAUAUCAACCAGACAUAAAACCAAUCCAAAUUCAUUCAAUGCAUUGUAAUUAAAAAGGAGGUAAUAAAUUAUUGUGAGAUCAGUUUA